GAAAUUCGUUUCAUGUGCGGUCUGUUUUUAAAUGUCGGUAGUUGGUUCUCCCUUUUUAUUAUUUACAGUAGUCGAGUGCGGAAAAUGUCGAUGUUUGGAAUUUAGUUUCACUAAUAAUAGCUUCAGUUUUCAUCGUGGAAAGGAUUAAUUAUGGAAGAAACACUGGAAAGUAUCGAAGAAGAAAAGAUUUUAAAAUUGAGGAAGGAAUUGAAGAAACUUUAUUCAGUUUGGAAUGAAAUUGGAAUUGAAAAUGAAAGGAAAGUUAAACGAUGUAAAACUGCAUGGGGACAUCUUAUUGGACUUUUGCAACAGAUGUUAAAAGAGGAAAAUUAUUUUUAUAACAUUUUAUCAGUGCGUGUGAAGGAAUUAAGAGAAGAAAUUUCUGAAUUGUCGAAACAGCUUGAGGUUCCUUGCGAUAAUGAGAAUGAAGGAACAUUACUGGUUAUGGAAGAAAUUUUGAAAAAGAAAUUAAGUAAUUUGAAAGAAAUAAAAGAGGAGAGAAUGAAGAAAUUUCGAGAACUUCGUGACAGCGAACUCAAAUAUUGCAAAAUCUUGGAUUGGUCGGCUUUCGAAAUUUCAUCUAAAACCGGAAUUCCAAGUGAACGGGACAUCUCUGAGAUGGAGCAGUAUGUUUCUGCUUUGCAAACAGAAAGAAAUGUACGUUUUCAAAGAUUAUGUACAGCCAAGAGAGAACUUACAACUAUUUUAGAAGAAACUGAAAUCCAACCAGAAACGUCGUUUGAAAGAGAGAUUUUGAGCAGCAACGAAGAUAACAUUUCUCUUGCUAAUAAAACGCUUCAAACUUUGGAUGAUGUUGUGAAGAAGGUGAGAAGCAGAAAAUCAGAAUUAGAAGGUGAAAGGGAGUCCCUGCUCAAGCAGCUGGGCAAUGUGUGGGAUGGAUUGUAUAUUUCGGAAGGUGAAAGAAACAAGUUCUUGUCUAAGCAUAAGGAUCACAAAGUGUCGACUCUGCAGUCGAUUAAAGAUGAAAUAGAAAGAUAUGAAGAAGUGAAGAGGCAAAAACUGAAAAAGUCUAUUUGUGAUUUAAGAGAAUUGUUGCUAUCGUUGUGGAAAGAUUGUUUUGCUUCAGUUGAAGGGAAAGAAAACUUCUCCCUUUUCAAAUCAGACGAGUUUACGGAAGAAAGUCUACAAGCACAUGAGGCGGAAGUUGAAAAGUGGCAGGUGCUGUACACUAAAAUCGGGAAACUAAGAACGAAAAUUGAAAAACGGAAUGAAUUGUGGGAUCUGCUAAUAGAAUUUGAGAAUAAGGCAAAGGAUCCAAACAGAUAUAAAAAUCGAAAGGGAAAUCUUUUAAAUGAGGAAAAAGAAAGGAAGAAGUUGGGGGAAGACCUUCCUGCUCUUGAAAAUGAGAUUUUUUUAGAUAUAGAGAAUUUUGAAGCUGAAAAUGGAACAACCUUUCUCUAUCAUGGGGAAAAUUAUCGCACUGCAGUUAUGAAGCAGUGGGAGGAUAGAAAUUUGGAAAAAGAGAACAAAAAGAUCAUGAGGCACAAGGAACGCAUGCUACAGGCGGAACAUGAAGUCACUUUUGGAACGCCUAUAGUGAAGAGGACUCUGUGUACUACCCCCAGAUCCGCACGUUGUAUUACCCCCAAAUCCUCAUCUAGUAAAUUUUUAAAGUCUUCAUUAGGUGUUGCAGUUUAUCGAACUCCUCUUGCAAGUACCUCUAGAGGUAGUCCUUGUGCUACUGCUAAGAGGAGUAUCAACACAAAGCCAUCUUCUGCCAAAAAAUGUCUCUUGUACAGCACCCCUCCAAGGGCUCUUUUGAAAGAUACAGCUCAAGCCAUUAUUCAAUCUAGCACAAAUGACGAAACUACUUACUCUGUUUUUGCGAGUGCGUUAGACAAGUCCUCGAGACGUCUCAACAGUUCAGUAUUGUCAUGUAAGAAGGUUGUUGGUACGCGCAUUUCAAGUGAUGACAAAUGUAAACAGAAGAGUAUUAGUAAGUCAUUGCGAAAAUCGACCAAAAUUCAAGGUGAUGUUUCAACAAAGUUGACUCCAUCUAGAGGAAUUCUCGGUUUGCCAUUUCUCAUUUGAGACUGAUCAAGUUGAUUGGUGUUCACCUAUUAUUGUGAACUUUUUCAUUCAUUUUAAAUUCUCUCUUCAGAGUGCAUUGUUGUCAUGAACAUAAAAAGAGUUCAUUUGCUAAUGUGAUAAUUCAUAAGAUUUAGUUUGCUGAUGCAGAGUGCAACAGGAGU